AUGUCUGGGUUCCUGUUCAUCAUUGUGGUAGACUGGAUAAUGAGAAAUACCAACAAUAAGAAGAGAGUCAUACGUUGGAAAUUUAUGUCCACUUUAGAAGACCUGGAUUAUGCAGACGACUUUGCACUUCUUUCCAGCAAACACAGCGACAUGCAGGAGAAGACCAGGAGAUUACAUGCUGUCGCAGAAUAUACAGGCCUAAAAAUUAACGUCGAUAAAACAAAAAGCAUGAGAAUAAAUAUGAAGAGAAAGGAUGCCAUCAGGUUGAAUGAUAAAGAAGUAGAAGAGGAAGAGGUCGAAACAUUUCUCUACCUGGGUGCCAGUGGAAAAGACCGGAGGAACCGAGGCAGAUGUUGGGAGAAGGCUAGGCUUAGUCAGGACAGCCUUUGCAUCCCUUGCCAAGGUAUGGAAGUCAGCACAAUACAGCACAAAGACCAAACUUAA